UCGGGAAAUAUCGGGAUCGGCAGAUACUCAAACUAAUACGAUUGGGAUCGGAUCGGGAGCAAAAAAACAUGAUCGGAACAACCCUAGUAUUUAUGUUUGCAAAUGGUGAAUUUCUAGUAGCAAAUAACAUUUAACACAAAAAAAUGAUACUGCUUAUGAGCACACUCAUUUUGUAAUGUCAGUUAUACCCACGCCAAUAAACACUUGAGCACAGGUGCACGUGAUGAUGGGUAUUGGUAAGUAAGACGUCACGAGGAAGGGCAGGCAAUCUGGCGUACACCCAUUUGAUUGGCUGGAAUAGUACCAGCAUUGAUAACAUCUGCAGGAAGCAUAGUCUUUAUUUACCUUCACUUAACAAUCCAUGUUUUUUCAAUUCCAUCAAGGAAAAGUGGCUUCACAUACAAAUGUUCAUAAAAAUGAAUUUGAAUGGAUGUUAACCAGUAUUAUUCAAUUCAGCGCUAUCCCUCAGCUUGAUAAAAUAGCAAUCAUUCCUGAGUCUACUUUCCAUUCAAUCAACAAACAUGCUUUUCAUACCUUUGUGUGAUCCCAUAUGACACUUUUUUCCUCUCUUGGUUGGAAUCCACGAGGAUCAAGGACACCAGGAUUUUCCUAUUUUGGCGAGAACAGGAGGUGGGUGAGAAAAAACACCCACCAUCUAUACGCCUCACCCCUUGAUAAAAGUUCAACGCUCACUCCCACGGCAAAGUUUGUGCGAGAGAAAAUGCUGCUGUCCGCUUUGCUGAUGCUCUGCUGUGUAGGCCUGCCAGAGGCCACGAUGACAGGAGAAAGGAGCCUGACACCCCUGAUGUUCUCCACACCAGCCACCUACGUGCCACGGAGCACAACCGCGUGCUUCCUGGAAGACGUGCUGGCCGCCAUGCGAGAGGCUUUAGGGGUCGGUGGCCAAAUGAUGCCGGGUGCAUUUGGAACGUGCGCGGCAUCUGGGAAUCUGGUGGUCUUGAUGGACUUGGCAAAAGACGCAACGAAGAGGACAGGAGGUGGACUGGAGCUCCUCCAUUCCACUGAAGUGUCUUUGGUGGUUGAAGAGAAGGAUCAGGAAGCCCUGAUGCUCGACUUUGGCUUCCCACAAUCCCCUUUGCUCCAACGCAAGCCAUUACUGCUCUUGACCUUGGAACAUCCGGUCAACAGAGGUGACCUGGACCAGAUCACAUUCACCAGUCAGUCUCUGUAUCCCAAUACACAGGCGGUGUGCUUAUCAGAAGGAAUGCAAUAUAUUCUGCUGACAGGACAAGGAGCAACGGCAGACCUAAGAUGGAAGCUCUCAAUUGAAACAAAGUCCUUGAAUAUGAAGAAAAGAAUCAAAGAACUUCUUUCGGGUGGAAGUACACAAAGCAGCAGCGUGACUCCAGUUCUUCUUUUCCCUCGUGAAGACAUCAGCACAAGUGCUACCGACUCUUCUCGAUCCAUCUCCUUCCUGUGCGAGCUGCGCCGCUUUCUGAGCGGUGUCCUUCCUCAGAACCGUCCGGACUCUCCUCCGCUGCGGCUGGACUCUCUGCAGGCGCCGCCCCCGGUCACGCUAGGCCCGUCCUCCAGUGAAUCCGUUCUGGCGGAACUUAUCAACUCGUCGGCCCCCACCGUAUUCUCCUUCACGGGCUCCACUUAUCACGUCCACCGGGGUGAGCUGGCCAUGCCCCCGGGCCUGAUCGACGAGCUCAGGCAGAGUUUGGAGCUCAACAUGGCGCAGGUCACAGAGGUCCUACGAGACAAGGGUGAUAGCCAGAGGAGCAUCACGAGGCUACAGAGGCUUUGGGAACUAUGCGCCUUUUCCAAGUUGAACCCUGUAUCAGGAGAAAGCCAGUACAGCGCGUUCCUUUUGUUGAAGGCCUUAAAGAUGGUUAGCCGUGAGGUUUUACCCAAACCGAGGGCCACCCGAGCACAGCCUGACCCCUCGACCCAGAAGGACGCGUGCCGCUUGAAGAGCCUCACUGUUUCCCUGCAGAGUUUCCUGGUAGGUCCCAACACGGCCAACAUCAACAACUGCCACGGCCUGUGCACCUUCCCGAUGGUCAACACCAAAGACCACGCCGUGCUGCUCAACUCUCAUAUUGAGAACGGCAACACGCAAGAGCGGGCGCCGUGUUGUGUUCCGGUUGCCUACGAGUCUCUGGAAGUGGUGGACUUAGACCAGCAUGGCACGCAUCUCUAUAAGCACCCAGAUAUGGUAGCGACGAAGUGUGAGUGUCGCUAAAGCUAAGUCUGCUAAACCAGCGUGUCUGCUUCAUUCGCAACAAAUGCACUUCUCGUAACUCACUGGCUGUCGUUGACAGUAAAUGAUUGUUUCAGUGCCAUUGACAAAGAUACAGUGGGGCAAAUAAUUAUUUAGUCAACCACUAAUUGUGCAUGUUCUCCCACUUGAAAAUAUUAGAGAGGCCUGUAAUUGUCAACAUAGGUAAACCUCAAUAAUGAGAGAAAGAAUGUGGGAAAAAAACUCAGAAAAUCACAUUGUUUGAAUUUUAAAGAAUUUAUUUGCAAAUAAUGGUGGAAAAUAGGUAUUUGGUCAAUACCAAAAGUUCAUCUCAAUACUUUGUUAUGUACCCUUUGUUGGCAAUAACAAAGGCCAAACAUUUUCUGUAACUCUUCACAAGCUUUUCACACACUGUUGCUGGUAUUUUGGCCCAUUCCUCCAUGCAGCUCUCCUCCAGAGCAGUGAUGUUUUGGAUGUUUUGUCGUUGGGCAACACGGACUUUCAACUCCCUCCACGGAUUUUCUAUGGGGUUAAGAUCUGGAGACUGGCUAGGCCACUCCAGGACCUUGAAAUGCUUCUUACGAAGCCACUCCUUUGUUGCCCUGGCUGUGUUUUUGGGAUCAUUGUCAUGCUGAAAGACCCAGACACGUCUCAUCUUCAAUGCCCUUGCUGAUGGAAGGAGAUUUUCACUCAAAAUAUCUCGAUACAUGGCCCCAUUCAUUCUUUCCUUUACACAGAUGAGUCGUCCUGGUCCUUUUGCAGACAAAACAGCCCCAAAGCAUGAUGUUUCCACCCCCAUGCUUCACAGUGGGUAUAGUGUUCUUCGGAUGCAAUUCAGUAUUCUUUCUUCUCCAAACGCGAGAACCUGUGUUUUUACCAAAAAGUUCUAUUUUGUGUUCAUCUGACCAUAACACAUUCUCCAGUCCUUGUGGAUCAUCCAAAUGCUCUCUAGUGAACCACAGAAAGGGCCUGGACGUGUACUGGCUUCAGCAGGGGGACACGUCUGGCAGUGCAGGAUUUGAGUCCCUGGCGGCGCAUUGUGUUACUGAUAGUAGCCUUUGUUACUGUGGUCCCAGCUCUCUGUAGGUCCAGUGGCACCCCCACGGGGUGGCCAGGUGUGGCCAUGGCCACCCCUAUAAAUUUGUUGGCCACCCCACUGGCUACCUCGCUUGCCAGUAUAUCGUUAGAUUGUUGUAGCAUCAGUUAUGCAUUUCAUCCCAAAUGCAAAUCUGCCAGCACCUGCUUUUCCCCAGUAAUUAUAUUGUUUUGUCAAAUGUACACCUUAUGCCUAAUAUAUACAUAACACAAUAAAACAGAAUUGUUAUGGAACUCAAAAUGUUGACUGGACAGUUAUGGACUAUGCACAUUAAAUCAUUCGUAACAUCAAAUAUUACACAAUACACCAAAGUAUAUCAGUAACCGUGUCCUUAAGUCUUUCUGAUAGUUUCCCCCUGACCUUUUUACUGCAAUAAUAUAAUGAAAACCUGAAAUUACGGCUUUUAGUUUUGGUGUGCCACCCCAAGAUUUCAAGUGGCCCCAUCUGGCCACCCCUAUGAAAAAUUUCUGGAGGUGCCACUGUGUAGGUCAUUCACUAGGUCCCUCUGUGUGGUUCUGGGAUUUUUGCUCACCGUUCUUGUUAUCAUUUUGACGCCACAGGGUGAGAUCUUGCAUUGAGCCCCAGAUCGAGGGAGAUUAUCAGUGGUCUUGUAUGUCUUCCAUUUUCUAAUAAUUGCUCCCACAUUUGAUUUCUGUACACCAAACGUUUUACCUACAGUAUUGCAGAUUCAGUCUUACAAGCCUGGUGCAGGUCUACAAUUUUGUCUCUGGUGUCCUUCGACAGCUCUUUGGGCUUGGCAAUAGUGGCGAUUGGAGUGUGACUGACUGUGUUUGUGGACAGGUGUCUUUUAUACCGAUAAUGAGUUAAAACAGGUGCCAUUAAUCCAAGUAACGAGUGGAGCCUCGUUAGACCUCGUUUGAAGAAGUUAGACCUCUUUGACAGCCAGAAAUCUUGCUUGUCUGUAGAUGACCAAAUUCUUAUUUUCCACUCUAAUUUGGAAAUAAAUUCUUUAACAAUCAAGCAAUGUGAUUUUCUGUUGUUUUUUUUUUCCCACAUUCUGUCUCUCACGGUUGAGGUUUACCCAUGUUGACAAUUACAGGCCUCUCUAAUCUUUUCAAGUAGGAGAACUUGCACAAUUGGUGGUUGACUAAAUACUUAUUUGCCCCACUGCAGAGAUAUCCAGCCAGUACAGUUGAAAUUUGAAAUGAUCGCUGUCACCCUCCCAGUUCAAAUGAAUUGAACGUCUAUCGCCGUCAAUGGCAGUGAAUUAAAUAAAGGUUCCUUUUAUUUACAUGUAUUUACACUGCUGGCCAAUUCGGUCAGAAAAUGCUCAAUUUCUCCCAGAAAAUGAUUGCAAGUACAAAUGCUUUGGUAGUAAUAUCUUCAUUUAUUUUGCUUGCAAUGGAAAAAAUCCAAAAGAGAAUUACAAAAAAAAACAAAAAAAAACUAUCAUCAUUUUACGAAAAACGCCAAAAAUCGGCUGGAAAAAAGUAUUGGCACUCUCAGCCUAGUACUUGGUAGCACAACCUUUAGACAAAAUAACUGCGAACCACUGCUUCCGGUAUCCAUCAAUGAGUUUCUUACAAUGCUCUGCUGGAAUUUUUGACCAUUCUUCUUUGGCCAACUGCUCCCGGUCCCUGAGAUUUGAAGGGUGCCUUCUCCAAACUGCCAUUUUCAGAUCUCUCCACGGGAGAUCUAUUGGAUUCAGGUCUGGACGCAUUGCUGGCCACUUUAGAAGUCUCCAGUGCUUUCUCUCAAACCAUUUUGUGGUGCUUUUUGAACUGUGUUUUGGGUCAUUGUCCUGCUGGAAGACCAUGACCUCCGAGGGAGACCCAGCUUUCUCACACUUGGCCCUACAUUAUGCUACAAAAUUUGUUGGUAGUCUUCAGACUUCAUGAUGCUAUGCACACGGUCAAGCAGUCCAGCGCCAGAGCAAAGCAACCCCAAAACAUCAGGGAACGUCCGCCAUGUUUGACUGUGGGGACCGUAUUUUUUUCUUUUCUUUGAAGGCCAGUUUUUUUUCCUGUAAACUCUAAGUUGAUGCCUUUUCCCAAAAAAGCCCUACUUUUGUCUCAUCUGACCAGAGAAAAUUCUUCCAAAACAUUUUUGGCUUUCUCAGGUGAGUUUUGGGAAAAUCCAGCCUGGCUUUUUUAUGUCUCUGGGUCAGAAGUGGGGUCUUCCUGGGUGUCCUACCAUCGAGUCCCUUUUCAUUCAGACGCCGACGGAUAGUACAGGUUGACACUGUUGUACCCUCGGACUGCAGGACAGCUUGAACUUGUUUGAAUGUUAGUCGAGGUUUUUUAUCCACAAUCUGCAAAAUCUUUCUUGAAAUCUCUCGUCAAUUUUUCUUUUCUGUCCACAUCUAGGGAGGUUAGCCACAGUGCCAUGGGCUUAUUGAUGACUUAUUGAUGACACUGCACACGGUAGACAAAGGAACAUCCAGGUCUUUGGAGGUGGACUUGUAGCCUUGAGAUUGCCCAUGCUUCCUCACAAUUUUGCUUCUCAAGUCCUCAGACAGUUCUUUGGUCUUCUUUUCUCCAUGCUCAAUGUGGUACACACGGGGACACAGGACAGAGGCUGAGUCAACUUUAAUCCAUUUUAACUGGCUGCAAGUGUGAUUUAGUUAUUGCCUCCACCUGUUAUGUGCCACAGGUAAGUAACAGGUUUCUGUUAAUUACACAAAUUAGAGAAGCAUCACAUGAUUUUUCAAAGGGUGCCAAUACUUUUGUCCGGCCCAUUUUUGGAGUUUUGUGUAAAAUGAUUAUGAUUUAAAUUUUUUACCCAUUCUCUUUUGUGUUUUUUCAUUGCAAGCAAAAUAAAUGAAGAUAUUACUACCAAAGAAGUGUAAUUGCAAUUAUUUUCUGGGAGAAAUUGAACAUUAUCUGACAGAAUUGCAGGGGUGCCAAUACUUUUGGCCAGCAGUGUAUGUAAUGGGUACACGCGGGUCCGUAGUGUGUGAUGCGUGGAAACCUCCCUCACGAUGCCUUCAAGUGGGUGCGCUGGCAGGUGAAGUUUUAACCCAGGCCUUCCUUUGGCCUAGUGGUCACCACAUCUGCCUGCCGUGUGGACACGUCUUGUGGCGCGGGUAUGAGAAUUGUUCAACCGGUUACAUUUAUUCACACAGUUCUGAUAAAUCUGAUACCUAUCGGAACAUUUCAUAGCUGUCCAAUCAAUAUUCAUUCUGAUACGUUUAUUUUGCUGGCAUAAAUAUUUAAACAUCUUUCAUACAGAGUGUCCCAAAAGUCAUUGUAUAUAUAUAUAUAUUUGGUUUAUUCUGUAUUCAUAUAUAUUUUUUUAUCUUCUUUUAUUUCAGACAUUUGAAUUCACCAAAUUCUUGUCUUUGUUUGCUAUUAAAUACAUAGUACGCUACGGUGUUGACAAUGGUGUUUGUUUUUUAUCAUUUUAAAUCUGAAAGUAGGAGUCCAUCAUUGUUUCGUGGUUUUAGGCUUGAGAACGCCUUUACUGCCAAUGGGCUUUUUCCGUCUCCUUAUCGCGCCAAGUUCUUCAGAUGCCCACCAUGAUGUGAACUUAUCCCACAAUGAGAUCUGGAAAGAAAAGACAUAAAAGGUUUGCAAUUUUUAUUUAAAAAAAAAAAAAACAGCACUGCCAUGAGCAUUAAUAAAUGCAAGGGUGUUGGUUGGCAUAGGGACAGUAGGGACACAACACUACCAACUUUUCAAGAUGCUCAAAUUGUCCCCACCAACUUUUAAGCAACUUAUUUGCAUUAUAUAAUGAAUUCAGUUACAUAGAUAGUUUAGAUCGUCUUCCCAUAUGUUGUAAGGAUAGAAUUGACCCUACCAUCAUUAAGUUAAUUCCUUUCAUUAGUUCUGACAUUGACCCUUUCAUUUGCUGCAUGUGCCAGUCCAUUUUUUUCCUCCUCAAACAAGUUUGAUUGGCUGAUGACUUGACCCCCCCCAUACACACACCCGCACACACACGCACACACACGCACACAGCCCCGACAUAAAUACAACAUGCCACAUCCCCCUUCGAAGACGAAGAAUAUUAGAAGUUUUUUUCCGCCAGCAGCGGCGACUGUAAGUAUUGUAAAAUUAGAGUGGAAAAUAAGUA